GAGAGAGAAUAAUUAGCGUUUCAAGAACCUCACCUGCAAAUCAAAAGUAGCAUUGCUUUAUAAAUUGGUUCGACAAUGAUACACCAGUACUGUAUUGUAUUUUUCCUUCUGAGUCGGAAUAAGUAUGUUUCAUCUCUACACACGCACGAACGGGAGAGAGAGAGAUCGAAGGGUCAGCCCCACCAUCCAACAUGGUAAUAAAAUACAGAGAGGUGCAUGUGAUGCUACUUUCCCCUUUACAAUCCUCACUAGAAGCAGGUUCAUCGAUUGGGCAGAAUGGUCCUACCAUCAAUUACAAAACCCAAAAGCUAAAGCAAAAGGUUAGUCCUAAUCAAGAAAAGUUCCAUCUCCUCUACAAAGCACAACCAAGAAAGCAACACCCCCGCAAUGGUGAUGAUGAUCAGAAGCCAAGAAAAUUCCCAGAAUCAGACAGUUCCCAUGGCCCCCAUCACAACCUCCAUUUGCCCAACCUGGAAACUGUACGAGAACCCCUUUUAUAUUUCACAUCAACAAGAAAAUCUUACUCACAAGCAAAUUCAUCAUCUCCAUCUACCUAUUUCUGCACGAAAAAUCGCUGCUUCUUUCCGGGAUUUAACUUUUAUCAAGCCCCUUAUGGAAUCUGAACUUGAUGUUGCUCGAGGACAGAUUGUUCGGUUGAAGGCUGAGCUAGAAUGUGAAUGCAAAUCGCGUAAAAAAAUGGAGUCUUUGAAUAAAAGACUGGCCAGGGAACUUUCUGUGGAGAGGAAAGGAAGAGAAGCAUUGGAGCGAGUUUGCCAAGAUCUUGCUAAAGAAGUAUCCUAUGAUAAAGCCGAAAUGGAAAGGAUGAAGAAAGAAAUGGAGGAAGAAAUGAAAAUGCUACGCAUGUCUGAGGUUAUAAGGGAAGAACGCGUCCAAAUGAAGCUCGCAGAAGCAAAGCUUUUGCUCGAUGAAAAACUUUUAGAACUUGAAAACUCUAAACGGAUUGAAAUUGCGUCAUCAAGUUUUAAGAAAGAAGAAAAGAAUCAUGAAAAUGAUACUUAUCAUAAUCAGGCUACAACUGCUUCCAUUGUUACUAAUCAAGAUAUAAAAACACUGGACAAAAUAAGGUUUGUCUUGACAGAUAAACCGGGGUGUAAUAACACUGAUAACAAUGGCAAACUUCAUUCAAUGGCAAUUCAGAGAAGAGAUUCUCCAGAGCUUGAAAAUCCUCAUAUCAAACGAGGGAUUAAAGGGUUCGUCGAAUUUCCAAGAGUGGUUCGAGCAAUUGGCUGCAGAAGCAAGAAUGUGGGCACCAAGUUGGGGUGCCAGAAGGCUCAGCUAAAUUUACUACUAAAGCAGAAGGGUCCUGUCCGAUUCAAUGGCCUUGUACCCAGCUAAGAUUAAAUUUUUUAAUCAAUUUUGUGAUUAAUUUGCUUUUUGUUUGUUGAUCCAUUGAUGUUGUUCUUUCUAGUUAUAUUAAGCUCGUUUGGGGAAUGGGUUGCCUCUGAGGACCGGUAUUUUCUGGUCAGAUCGUAGUAAAUUGAACUUGUGAGUUUGUAAUUGACGAAAUUUGACUUAGUAAAUUUCAUGUUUGGUUAUAUACUCCAUUUUAUUGUGUUU